AUGAACCAAGCAAAUGCACGCGCGAAUGCUCAACAGCGACAGCAGGCUGCCUCGAGUUCCUUGGCUGGCACCGGAUCGAGUAACGUCCAUAAUCCCACUAAUCCUGCCGGCCUUUCAAGCACAAUGCCUUCUACUGUUACCCAUGCCAACUCUGUGGUCCUAACGCCAACGAAUCCUCAAGGCCAGUCUACUACUUUCCUCACCCAGCCCAUGAGUUCUGUCCUGUCUAUCUCCAGCGGGGGUACACCUAAGCAAGUCAUUCUCAACAGCGCCUCUCAGUCUUCACUGUUUCAGCACUCCCAACAAGCCCAACAGCCGCAGACCGUUCAGCUUGUUUUGCAACAACCGCCUUUGAAGGGUGUGCCACAACAGUCUCUGAACCCUGUUUCACAGCAACAACAGCAGCAAACGCAAACUUUCCGACUCCGAACCGUUGCCGGGCCCACCGUGAUACAGUCUCAACCGCCAAUGCAGGUUCAAGGGCCUCAGCACGUUUACACGCCGUGCGCAUCGGCAACCUCGAACAAUGGUACCGUUUAUGUAGGUACCACGGUUGCUGGUGGGGGUGGAGGCACAACUCUGCUUACGACUAUUGGACACUCGCAGCAACCCCAUCUCCUCGGCCAACAUCGCAUCGUUCCCACUGGAACCGCUCCAAUAUCGGCCAUCACCCGAACAGUCGCUGCGCCAGUUGGCUCUGGCUCCAAUCAACCAACUACACUGGUGCACUUCCGAACGUGUGGCCAACAACCCACCCAACACCAGCCCCACAUCCUCCUUACAAACUCCGGCCAACAAGGCCAAGGAGCCCAUUCGCAGCUUGUAACUCCCGGUCGUGGUGGUCCGAUUGUCGCCGUGAUGACCAACUCCCAGCCAUCAAACAAUAGCAGCACUCCUAAUGUGAACCCUCCAUCAGGCUCGUGA